AGCCAGACACAGAGUGGUGUGCCAACGAGAACGUUAACCUCCAAGGGAGUAGAUUGUGGGAUCCUACAUCGGUUAGAGAGGAGAACGAAACAUUCCGAUGUGGAAACCUCUCCUUAAUAGGCGCGUAUUAAAACUAUGAAGCUGACGGCAAUACGUAACGGGCCAAAGCAGACAAUAUCUGUUAGUAUUGGGCUUAGAUUGUUACAAAUGGUAUCAAAGCCAGACACCAAGUAGUGUACUAGCGAGGAUGCUGUCCCUCAAGUGGGUGGAUUGUGAGAUCCCAUUUCAGUUAGAGGGGAGAACAAAACAUUCCUUAUAAGGGUGUGAAAACCUCUCCCGAACACACGAGUUUUAAAACCGUGAGACUAACAAUGAUACCUAACGGGCCAAAAUGGUGCAUGAGGUGGUGGAGCUCCAAGUUAAUUAUUACAUUCACUCCAUUCUAUCAAGCCAGCUUAGCAUUCAUAUUGUAAAAGAAGAAACAAUAAAUGGGUUUGGAGCUUCAAAGUUCAAGCUAUUGUUCUUGAAUCAAACAUCUCCAACAAUUUUCACCAACAAUGAAAUAGAAGCAAGAAAUGGCAAGCCACUUCUAGUUGCAAUGUGUGAUACCACCAACUCCAAUGGCAUCAUCAAGACAGGUCCUUUAUCGUCGGCGUUGGUCGAGUUGGUCGUACUCAAUUUAGAAUUCGGCUCCGACCAACGAGUAGACGAAAGUUCGUGGACUUCGAGCGAUUUUAACAACAAUGUUGUUUCUAAAAGAGAGGGGAAAAGGCCUUUGAUCGUGGGGAAUGAUAUGAUAAUUUGCUUGAAAAAUGGGGUUGGAUUCAUCAAAGGUUUGAGCUUUAGUGACAAUUCGAGCUGGACUAAGUCUAAGAAGUUUAGAUUGGGAGCAAAAGUUGUUGAUAAGAACAUCUUGGCUAAGUUUCCAAGAAUUGUGGAAGCUGUUUCGAAACCGUUCAGAGUGAUGGAUCAUCGUGGGGAAGUUUACAAGAAGCACCACCCGCCGAGUAGGGAAGAUGAAAUAUGGCGAUUGGAAGGCAUUGGCAAAGAUGGCGUGUACCACAAUCGUUUAUCCUCUGAAGGCAUAAAAAAUGUCGAUGAUUUUUUGAACGCUUAUCACAAAAAGGGUCCAAUCUACGUCAGAAAGCUUCUAGGAGGGAGAGUCCCGCAAAAUACAUGGAAAAGGAUGGUUAAUAACGCUUUAGAAUGUGAUGCCUUUAUAGCCUCCAUGGCCUCGAAUCCGAGCUUUAGGGUUUGUUCGAUGGGAAAUGAAGCCAUGGGAGGUGAAGCUUUCGACAUGAACUCGGAGGUUAGUGAGCCGAAGAAUUGUAGUGAAAGCGAUGGACUACAAUUUGAUGGCCAACUUCAAGACUUGGUAUCUUACCCUCCAACCUUUCAGGAACGUUUGACGGGAAAUUACGAAGCAAUUAUUGGAGGCCAUGACUACCAUUUCAUUUUUGAUAAUGAUUAUCCGCCAUUGUUGACACAUGGAGAGGCUUCAAACUCAGAUAGCCAUAACAACGAUAACGUUAUGACUCACGAACAAUAUAAUCAAGGUCGAUGUUGGACUGGGUUGGUGCCUAAACGCACGUAAGGCGAGUAGAUGUUCGGUUUAGAGUUGCGAUAUUACUCUUGAUCCUGUUUCAGAACUACUAUUCGAAUAUAAAUCGAUUAGAAUUUUGGAUGAAAGUUGAGAAGCUAGAAUGAGCGUGGAGGUGGCCUAAGAUUCGUGGGGUAGUGUUCACGUUUCGAUUUCUGUCUUGGGUCACCGUUCACAUCAUUUGAGGUCUUUGUAUGUCCAACGUUCUUAUAACAAAUUUAUAUUCUAAGAGUAGUUUUAAAACGUUCAUGAAAAGUUAGAUAAUAUUGCCAUUAGUGUAAGUAUAUUUUGUAAUAGA